AUGGGAAUGGACAUCCUUAGCCCCUUCUCACCUGGCAAGGGGCAACUGAAAUUCCUAAUUGCUAACAAAAGAAAUGUUUUCAUUUUACAGGCAUGUAAGAAGCUUAACCAAAUAGAACUUUCAGACUGUGAAAUAUUUACUUCCUGUGAGCCUUGCCCCAUGUGCUUUGGUGCAAUCCACCUUGCUCGAAUUAAGAGGUUAGUUUAUGGAGCAAAGGCUGAGGCAGGAAUUGCUAUUGGGUUUGAUGAUUUUAUUGCAGAUGCACUGCGAGGUACUGGAUUCUAUCAGAAAGCAACACUGGAAAUCAAAAGAGCUGAUGGUAAUGAGGCCGUGAUUGCUGAAGAGGUCUUCGAGAAAACAAAGACAAAAUUCCAAAUGUAUUAGAUCUGUCAUUUUUUACAU